UCGAAAUUUUCUUUACUGCCGAAUUAUGUAAACGUGCGUGAGAUACUGGAAAAACUGUUUUCGAACAUUAAAUUACAUUGCUAACGUUAAAUCGAGGGAUUCAUUUUUGUCUAAAACGAGUGUUUAUAGUUAACAAACAACAAAAUGGCCAGAGGAAAGAAAGAAGAUGCUGAAGAUGAGUAUUCAGCCAAACUGGACAUGUGUCUCACUGACGGGAUCGUGAAGACCGGUGGUGGAGUGUUACUAGGGGCAUUGACUUCAGUGCUAUUCCUUAGACGGCGGAGAUGGCCAGUCAUAGCCGGUAUGGGUAUGGGAAUAGGCCUAGCAUAUGCCAACUGCGAGUAUGAACUCAACCCAAAGAAGAAGAGUACGGCAUAAGAUCAGUUUUACUUCUAGGGUCUACAAUAAUCAGAUAUGUAAGGGCUUCUGGAAAGUUAUGUCAAUCAAGUUAGAUCAACUUCGCAUUUAAGCGACACUUGUUAACAUAAACAGGUCCUGUAGACAUUUUGUUAGAAAAUAUUGUAAUUUUGUUCAUGUACAAAUGAUUAUCUAAUUAUAAUAAAUGUCUUUUAUUUAUUUCAAACAAGGGAUUUUACUUGAUCCUUCUAAGAAAACACAAAUUGUAAAGAACAAUAUUUAAUAAUUUAUUGUACAAAUUGAUACUGGAAUAAAGAUAAAGGAUAGAUUUAGUGUUUCUUAAUCAUAAAAUAAUUUAAAUACAUUUGUCAUAAUAAUAAUAAUCACGUUUAGUAAGAAUAGACAAAGCUUCACCAACAUCCCAUAUACAGACACCUAACAUGGUGGAAAAUUUAAAAAAUGGCAACACUGGUUAUAGAGCAUAUAACAUUAUGGCAACUCUAUUCAUAUUGGAGAAAUCACAAGCACUCCUUAUAACAAUUUCCAUAUUUUCAGAACUCUCCAUUCCUCUCCCAUAGCUAUAGGAGGAUGCUGCUUUUGAGGUACUACUACAGCAUUAGAUACUUACAGAAACUGCUUUAGGGAGUAGCCCAUGCUAAACUGUAAAUGUAUUAAACAUUUAUUUUAAUCAACAAGCAACAACAAGUUCCAUUAAACCACAAACAAUACAAUGUUGAUAAAAUAUUUACUAAACACUUGGUAUUACAAUAUACAACACAAAAUGUCUUUUUAUACAUAAUCAAAUGAUUUCAUUAAAAAUGCAUUUUGUUUCAUUCAAAUUAAUUAAUAAGACAAUAUCUACAAUACAGCCAACAUUAAUUUGAAAACCAGUAUAGGGAAACCUUGAUAACCAUAAAUAGAUUUAACCAUCAGUCAAAGUCCUUCACAAACCAAACCAAUACCAACAUUGUAACUAUAAUAUUUUGUGACUACCCGCCAUCGACCAUUGCCUAUCGCAAAUACUUAUCCCACUAAAUUUACUAUAU